AUGGGGUACCUGGACACCCAAUGCGAGGCACUGUGCGUGCAGCCCAUUUGCAUGGAAGGGAUAAGGGGAACCCCCCGGAAACGCAUGGCCCAGGCAUUAACCAAAUCAACCUCUAAUAAUAAACCUCUCGAGCGACGCAGGGGCUCGGGGCUGGAGCUCCCAGUGCCAUGGCAGGAGCCGAGGGGGAUUAGACACCCACAGACAUCUCCCUUAUCCCAUGUGAAACCCCACUCCAUGGAUGGGCUGCGCUCCGGGGGGGAUGCCAUGAACAACUGCACGGAUCAGCAGUACUGGGACACACUGGUCUGCCAGUGCAUCCCCUGCAGCCUCGUGUGCGGGCGCCCUGCGGUGAGGAGGUGCAAGGCUCUGUGCGAGUCCAUGGAGUGCAACAAGAAACCCGGCUUCUACUAUGACAGGCUCCUGAAAAACUGCAUCAACUGCAGCACAGUCUGUGGGCAGCAUCCCAAGCAGUGCAUCCCAUCCUGCGAAGCGGGUGCCCUGGGGGCCACCCCAGUGCCGGCCUCAGCACCAGAGCAGAAGACAUAUGGGGAGCAGGAGCCGUGGCUGGUGCUGUACCUGCUGCUGGGGCUCUGCCUCUGUGCCCUGCUCUGCUCCCUGCUCCUGGGCUGGAGCCACCUGCGGAGGAAGGGAGAGGGAGGCUCCUGCCAGGACAGCACCGGGACCUGCCGCCGCACGGAGGACUGCUCCAAAGAUCACCUGGUGGAAGCAGGCAGCGUUGGUGAUGGAUCCACCGGCAGCAGGGUCCCGGAGCCAGUGGAAACCUGUGGCUUCUGCUUCCCUGGACAAGGCUCCGCUGUCCAAGAGACCAGAUCAUGUCCCAGCACCUCCUGUCACACUGGGGAAAGAGCUGCUCCCUCUCACAGCGGGAUCUGCAGCAUGGGAAGCGCUGGGGCCAUUCCCAGCCCUGACGAUGGCCACUUCAAAAUCAUAUGUUCUCCUUCGCAAGAGAAGACACCCAUGGUGUGAUGCCCAUAGUGGAUGCUCCUGCACUGGGUCAGGAAGGAGGGAUGCUCCACAGCUGCUUCACCCCCUAUUCCCAAUGACUCUU